AAACGGCCAUAUCCGGAACUGUGCCGGUAAUCUCAUAUUCUCAUUCUCCCAAUAAACCGGACACGUUUUGCUUGCCGCACUAUUUUAAGCCAGCUACAGCCUACAGCUGUACUGGCACUGCUCCACGAUCAUUCCCAUUUUCCGGCAGGUUAACACUUCCCUCUCCCUCUCUCCGGCGUCGCAGACGGUUUGGAGGACCGUAGUGUCAGCUGUAAGAGGAUGGGAGCCUUCUGCAACGACGAUUUCACUUUCCUUCCGACUUACAACUUCACACCUUCUCGAGAUCUGCGAUAUUCGAAACAAAUCCAUGAUAACGUUCAUGGCAACAUCUACAUUGAUCCGCUCCUUCUGAAGUUCGUUGAUACAGAGCAAUUCCAGAGGCUCCGCGAUCUUAAACAAUUAGGUUUGGCAAACAUGGUUUAUCCAGGAGCAGUGCAUUCAAGAUUUGAACACUCCCUUGGAGUUUAUUGGCUAGCUGGUGAAGCUAUUCAUAAGCUUAAAAGCCACCAAGGAUUGGAGCUUGACAUCGAUGAUUUUGAUGUAAAAACAGUGAAACUUGCAGGUCUCCUGCAUGAUAUAGGCCAUGGGCCUUUUAGUCAUUUGUUUGAGCGGGAGUUUCUUCCUAUGGUUACUAGUGGCUCAGAGUGGUGUCAUGAACAAAUGUCAACGAGGAUGAUAGAUCACAUUGUUGAUGAGCACCAUAUUGAUAUUGACUCUGAAACCAUAAAAAGAGUUGAGGAAUUCAUACUUGACAGUUCCAAAUAUGCUUUGCCGAAAACUUCCAGAGAGAAACUGUUUUUGUAUGAUAUUGUAGCAAAUGGCAGAAAUGGAAUUGAUGUUGACAAGUUUGACUACAUUGUUCGUGACAGCCGAGCAUGUGGUCUAGGAUGCAAUUUCCAGUUUCAAAGGUUGAUGGAGACAAUGAGAGUGCUGGGAGAUGAAAUAUGCUAUCGUGCCAAAGAUUAUUUAACCAUCCACAAGUUAUUUGCAACCCGAGCCGAUCUGUAUAGAACUGUUUAUACUCAUGCCAAAGUGAAGGCAAUAGAGCUUAUGGUUGUAGAAGCACUAGUCAAAGCAAAUGGUUAUUUGCAUAUUGCAUCUUAUAUACAGGAUCCUUCUGAAUAUUGGAAGUUAGAUGACUCGAUAAUAAAAACCAUUGAGACAGCUCCAGACCCGGAGUUAAAGGAAUCUAGGGAAUUGAUCAGUCGCAUUCGAAGGAGGAAUUUGUACCAGUUUUGUAAUGAAUAUGCUGUUCCUAAAGACAAAAUGGAACAUUUCAAAGAUGUCACUGCAAAAGAUAUCAUUUGUUCCCAGGUAGGUGGCGGGAAGAAACUUGACGAGGAUGAUGUUGUUGUGAGCAAUGUUAGGAUAGAUUUGACCCGUGGAAAACACAAUCCACUUGAAAGCAUCAACUUUUUCAAGGACUAUGAAAGCGAGGAGAAGUUCUUGAUACCAGAUGAUCGAAUCAGCCACUUGCUGCCAUCAUCAUAUCAGGAUAUGAUAGUGCGAGUGUACUCCAAAAAGCCAGAACUGGUCGGGAUUGUUUCCGAGGCAUUUGAGAAUUUCCAGCUGAAGAUCUACGGAAUCAAAGCACAAGUUCAUCCCACACCCGAGAAGAAAAAGCGUCGUCGCCUUCUAGACAAUGUAGUAUAGUCACCCCUACCCAUCUCCACGCCCUGUGCUGUGUUUAUAAAUCAGGCAGUUAUAUAGUUUUGCUACGAUGCAUAUAU